AUGGAAACCUUCCUGAAGACGCAAUUCGAUACAUGGAUGAUAAUCAAGAUCGGACUACAACUCCCAUCCGACGAAGACGGCAAGUCGACACCCUACGAAAAAUGGGAACCAACCAUAAUCAAGAAGGUGGAAGCUUAUGCCAAAGCGACAUGCACCCUCCAGUGCGGACUGACCAAGGAGGAGCUCAAUCGAGGUCAUUUUGAUGACGUUGAAAGAGCACCUAUCUUGCCAUCUAAACCCCCUAAGGAGACCAAAGAGAUGGAUGAAAAUAAGAGUAAGAAGGGGCUUGCCGAGAUAUAUGAGGAAGAAUAUGCGCAUAAGACGGGUCUAGCUCCAACUCUUCUUUCUGCUUCUGAUAAACUUAAGAUUGAGGCAACAAUGCUAUUAAAAAAGAUUUCCUUAAAGUUGGAUGCGCUGUCUCACUUCCAUUUUGCUCCAAAGCCGGUUAUUGAGGACAUGUCUAUACAAGUCAAUGUACCUGCUCUAGCAAUGGAAGAGGUUGCUCCAUUGGCCGUCUCAGAUGCGGUUAUGCUUGCCCCUGAGGAGAGUUUUCAUGAAAAAGGAAACAUCAAAGAAGAGGCAGAGUUAACAAAAGAAGAGAGGAAAAGGAGACGGGCCAACCAGAAAAGAAGAUUUAGAUGAU